AUGAGCGCCGAGGAGGAAAGCGGACUGCCCGCGGACCUGCCGUACGAGCGACUGCCUGGGCUUCCAGAAGAUGAGAUCGACACACCGGAGCUGGCCGGUGCGGAGAGCUACGAAUGGGAAGCUCACUCCAAUCUGGACUCCUUUUUCACCCGGAUUUAUCGGUACUGGCAAGGGAAAGGAUUCUACACAAUAAUACUGCGGGAGAUCCUGAACCUGAUUGCCCUUCUCUUCACUGUAGCGUUUUCUGGUCUCCUGCUCUUGUUCCUUGACUGGGGUGCCUUGAGCAGCCCUUGCACAGAGGAGGAGUCUUGCGACGUUGUGGAUGUCAUCAUAAAACACAACCCCAUGGUGGGUGCCUCGCCACUGAUGGUGGGCCUCAAGCUCCUAUAUCUGGCGAUCUUUUCGCUCUAUUGGCUGUGGACUCUGGCGCUUUUCCUGUUUGAGCUGCCUGGCCUGCUGGAUGUGAAGAGGUUGUGCAACUACCGGAUGGGGAUUUCUGAGCGGCAGAUCAAGUGGCUCAGUUGGCCCGAAUUGGUGCACCGCCUGGUGCGGGUCCAACAUAAGACAAGGCUGUGCAAUGUGCGCGACCUGAGUGAGCACGACAUCAUCAUGCGCAUCAUGCGCAGAGAGAACUACCUCAUCGGCAUGUUGAAUAAGGGCGUCCUUGCGCUCAACGUGCCCUUUCCUGGGUACCGUAGGCAGUUCCUCCUUACCAAAACCCUGGAGUGGAACAUCUACUGGUGCAUCUUGAAUGCCAUGUUUGACGACAACUUCCGUGUGAAGGAACACUACAAGCAUGACGUGCCACGCCUGCAGCGCCGCUUCCGCACAAUGGCAGUAGCCAACCUUCUGCUGGCACCCUUUGUCUUUGUGUUCCUUGUGAUAUACUUCCUGCUGAAGAACGUGGAGAAGUUUUAUCACUCCCCGGGCACCAUCGGUGCUCGCAGCUGGACACCACUUGCACGUUGGAGGCUGCGGGAAUUCAAUGAGAUGGAGCACUUCGUGGACCAGCGCUUGGCUGCCAGUACAGAGGAUGCGACCAAGUAUGUGGACCAGUUCCCAUCUUACAGUAUUGCUCAUGUGAUGAACCUGGUGACAUACGUCCUGGGGAGCUUCACUGCCCUGCUGCUGCUCAUAGAGCUGAUGGACGCCUCCCUAGACCGGAAAUUCAUGGGUAAGAGCGUGUGGUACUUCAUCGCCAUCUUCACGGUGUUCCUGAAUGCGACGAGGGGCCUUGUGCAGAAGGAUGAGGGGUUUGAUCCAGAAGGGGCGAUGGCUGAGGUUGUGAAGCACACACAUUAUUUGCCAAGGCACUGGCGAGGGAGAGCACACUCCAAAGAGGUCCAGGAGCAAUUCCAGCGGCUUUUCCAAUUCAAAGCCCAGAUAUUCCUGAACGAGUUGGCUUCUGUUAUUUUGACCCCUUUUGUGCUGUACUACUCGCUGCCCGGUUGUGCAGAAUCCAUCCUCGAGUUUAUAGCUGGGUACACCAUCUACGAGAGGGGAGUGGGCGACACCUGCAGCCUUGCCUCGUUCGAUUUCAGGCGGCAUGGCAACACAAAGUAUGGCGCCACUGUGUUUGGUGAGAGGCACCACCGCAGCAAGCAGGGCAAGAUGGAGAAAUCGUUCUUAAGCUUCGUCACUCUGUACCCAUCGUGGUCGCCUUCUGCAGCUGGGGAGCAGUUCUUGUCCAACCUGCUGCCAUAUGGGCCACCAACACACAGUCAGUACGCUUCUCAGUACUCAAGGCCACCCUGCAACAAUGGUGGUCCUGAUUCGGCCAUUGGUGGGAUAGGGUUGGGCAACUUCGGCGGGCCAGGGGCUGUGGGCAAUGAAGGGAAGGUGGAUAUUGCCGGAGCUGUGGGGGCAGAUGUUGAUGCCGGGGCUGCCAAGGCAUCGGCUGUCCAUCGGAGGAAGGGUCGCAGAAGUGGGCAAGGCAGGGAGUCAAGCAGCUGCGUGAGGGGAAGGCAAGAUGGGAUUGAGAUGUCAGGCAUGUCGUCGUCGCUGCUAGCUGUAGGCGGCUCACAAGUAGAGGGGUUGGGACGCUUUGAUGAAGAUGGGCCACUUGGUGCACCAUCGUCAGCGCAGCAGGGGGGUCUGGAAGGUGACAUAGAGCAGCAGGGUGGGGAGCUGGCGCCCAGCUUGAGCAAGACGUGGGGGCCUGGUGGCCAAGAAUUGGUGCCACCUCCACCAGAGAACCUGACACAGUCCCUACAGCUGGGCAGAGGCACAGGCGGUGCGCCAGUGCACCCCCUGUCGAACUCGUUCGACAGCUGGUCGGCCAGUCAGCACUAUGCCUGCCCAGAUGCGAAGCUGAUCGAGAGCCACUGGACGUUGCAAAACUACUACCAUGGCCACGACGAGACGGUGCAGCACCGGCUGGCAUACCGCAUGUCGCAGCUUGGAGGACCAUGGGAACAUUUGUCAAGGGCGGUGCAGCGCUCUUGA